AUGAUGGAAUCCUUACAGCCGACUCCGUACACCGAAGUUUCGCAGAACUUUGAUGCCACAGCGCCAUCGGACUCGAGCCGCACUACCCCACAUACAUCUAUGUCCGAAGCUGAUAGAGGAAAGGAUGGUCACCCUGCCAGCCCAAGUUGGCUGGAUGAGCUUCAUUUUCUCAAAAACAGGAUUGCAGAGUUGGAACAUGAAGCCCAGAAGCCCCCUGACAGACCCAAGCCGGAAGAGACUGACUAUCAGCGGUGGGAAAACUGUCUUUAUCAUCACCGCAAACAAUGGGAGAGGAACGGAGGUCCAGGACAAUGGAGCAUGGCGAGCCUUUGGUACAAUGACAAGGUCGUCACUGACCGCCAUGGUCCGUGGAAUUAUAAUUGGCCUCUAGCCCCAGCGAAGCACUACAAGCGCCCGGACCCUUUCGAUCCAGCUCAUGCGUGCGCGUCACACAGCCAGGAUCCCUCAGCGCCCGACGAGUUUGACACCAUCAUUGACUUUGAAAGUCGACGCCAGCGACUGCGAAAAGGGUUCGAGUGGGAGAUGGACCGUCUCUACCUUCAAGAGGAAGUAGACCGCCGUCGACGCGAGAGGCUGGAAGACGAAGCUAUGGAACCAAAGCAGCCCUCUGGGGAGAACCAAAGUUUUGUGGAUGAUAAGCAGCAGGAGGAAUGUGUCACAAAUGAUGUGACAGAACCAGCAGGACCGGAGCCUCGGCUCAAUCGUGUUGAGUGGUGGGCUUUUCGUCGCCUCGCGAAUCUGAGUGAAACAGAAGCAUCUGUGAUCGACAUACUUGUGGGCGAGCCAAUCAUCGAAAAUGAAUUCCAGUUUGGCUGGUUCCGCUACCCGGGUCUCUCAGGCCGUAAAGGCCAGACUGCACGGCAAGAGAUCAACGGGGAUAAUCAGUUCCACACGAGCUCAUCACCUACCGAGAGUGCGGGGCCCGAGCGAAUCCGAAUUCACUCCACUCCGUUGACUGCAAUAUUGGCAAAGAUUCUGUCGAAAGCAGCGGAUGAUCUUGCUGGGAAUGGGAGUACGUUUGUUCUCGUACGCCCUUUCAAGGCACUUGUUCACUGCGAGCGUGGUCUCCGCGAAUGGUUCCAGGCUUUGGAGCGAAGAAUCGUCGACUCAUCGGCCUUACCCAAGGCUGCAGGGCCCGAGGCCGAGGAUCAGUCUUCCACAGCUAAUAACAAGAGAGCUGAAGAUGUUGAGGAAGAUUCGAAGGAGAAGACAGAGGCACAAGCCGGGGAAGACAAGGAAGAAGAGCCAGAUGAAGACGAGGACAAAGUUACAACGUCACCUACAGCACUUAGGCACCUCCAAUGCAUCCUGGACUUCAUCAACACGGAAAUUGUUCCUCGACAUGAGCAUCUUCGAAGCCCACAGUGUCGCAAAGUCUUUUUCACUGAUCUGUGGCAUCUCUUCCGUCCCGGGACUGAGGUUAUUGGUAGUGAUGGCAAGCAAGUGUACCGGGUCAUCGAGGUCUCCAGCCCUCGUCAUCGCGUGGUCCCAUCAUGGCAACGCUUCCGCUCCGAGUCAAAAAAGAGCAAAGUGCCGCUUAGUGUCACCUGUGUCUACAUAGACUUCAAUGGAACUUCCUUGGGCCCAGUCUCACGAGUCUUCGAAUUCAAGCGCUUCGAAGGCGCACGAGAGGUGACGGCAUUGGAAAUCUAUCCCCUGAAACUCCAUCCUCUCAAGAGGGCCGCUUUCAGCGAGGCGGCAUGGAAGGAAAUCGAGGCUUUGGCACCUGCGGACCGAGCCGAUGGGUACCGCGAGCAGCUCAUUGCUCGUGGUCGUCAAUUUCUAGCAGUCGCUGGCAUCAAGCACAUGUACUAUGCCGGUCCCACACUGGGUGUGCGUGAUGACGUGGAGAGCCAGGUGGUCAUCGACUUUGAAACAGCGUUUUCGGUCAAGAAACAGCAGGAAUGGAAGCCCAUACUUGAAACGCUUAUCGGGGGUUCACCAAAGGAUGACGCCGGGGAGGUAGAGGACAGCGAGGAAGAGUGCCGGGGCAGCUGUUGUGCCAGGGAUGCUGUGCCCGAUGAUACAUACAUUGACCAGAAACAACGCGAUGAGUAUAUCAACAGUCUCUUACCGAAAUCUGACGGCACAGAUGAUCAGCCUUCUAUCGCCAUCAUUCCGCGAUCUCUUAAAGACCUCACCCGCAAUUCUGAGGACACGCCGGAUGUCACUCCAGAAGAGUUACUCAUCAUGUCAUAUCGGGUUUUUGGGUUUGUCCUGCGAACACGAAGCUGGGCCCAGUUAGAUCUGACAUACCUUAGUGCGGUCAAGCAGAGUGAAAUAUCCAUUGAGCAGGGUGAGACCACUGACAAAAAUACUAUUUUUGGACGCCUUGUGAUUGAUCAAAAACACAAACGCAUGAUCGAGUCUCUCGUAGCCCAGCACUUCCGAGACAAGCGAUCAAACAACAGUCAAGCUGAACAGGUGGAUUUAGUACGGGGAAAAGGGAAAGGACUCAUUAUGCUUCUCCACGGAGCCCCAGGAGUUGGGAAAACCUCCACGGCGGAGGGUAUUGCAGAGCUGUUUCAAAAGCCAUUAUUCCAGAUCACUUGCGGCGAUCUUGGCACGACGGCUCCGGAGGUGGAGAAGGCCUUGGAAACAACAUUUUCCUUGGCGAACCGUUGGAACUGCGUUUUGCUACUGGAUGAAGCCGAUGUCUUCCUGGCGCAGCGAACGAAGGAGGAUUUCAAGCGCAAUGGCCUUGUGGCGGUCUUUCUUCGAGUCAUGGAAUACUAUGCCGGCAUCCUCUUUUUAACGACCAACCGUGUCGGGGAUUUCGACGAAGCGUUCACUUCUCGCAUUCACGUCAGCCUGUACUAUCCCGAGCUUGAUUCUCAAAACACUGUGGCAGUCUUUGAAUUGAACCUGAAGAUGAUCGAGAAGCGAUUUCGGAAGAAAGGGCGGGCUAUUGACAUUGACAGCUUCCAGAUCGCAAGGUUUGCUGGUGAACACUUUAACCAGUAUCCUAAAGCGCGCUGGAACGGUCGGCAAAUUCGGAAUGCUUGCCAUACGGCGCUGGCCUUGGCCGAGUUCGAGGCCCAGGGCAACAACCGACGCGAGGUCCUCAAACCAGAGGCUAUCGUCCGCCUAUCGGUCGAACAAUUUGAGAUUGUUCGCGACGCCUACGUGAAUUUCACGAAGUACAUAAACGACCUCUAUGGCGUGGAUGCCGCGCGGCGGGCGCACGAGGACAAACUGCGCACCAUUCGGCAUGAGACAGAGCGCCUGUAUCGUCCGUUUCCCAAUGAUAAGGCUAGUAGUGUAUCGGACCUUCGCGCAUCGUUUGCGCGCGCAGGUCAGCCGCAGUCGCAAGACUAUCACUACCCGACGCCGACGAAGGGGUAUGCUUCGGCGGCCGCGCACCCGCAACAUACGCCUCGGAAGAUGCCCCCGUCCUCGGAUGUGGCCUACUACCAGCAUGAGUACGAGGGAUACGCCGCCGAGGUCCAUCGCACAGAUGCGCGGGUUGCUCGUGAUCGGGAUCGAGAUGUCCCGCCGACUUCGCGGUCGGGAGCUACUGGCCCCAAUCACGCACCUCCUCCUCCAGCCGAGCACUUCUCUGAAAGUCGCCCGUCGUGGUUCGACCGGGACAUCGCCAGCCUACAUCAAGGUGGGAAUCCGCAGGGCCGCGAGAUUCAGCCCUCUCGUUCGCCUGGCCCGCCCGCUCGGGACAUAGAUUAUAACCGGCCUAUUGGGGGAGGUGGGUGGCCUGAAACGGAGUGA